CAUCAUCUGACCUCGCUCUGCCUUUCUGUUCUCGCUUCUAUCUUGUUCAGCCACAGAACCGCAACCUAGGCUUUGAUAUCAACGAACCUCCUGGUAUUGCUACAGAUUUUACCAUGUCCGACCUUGAGAACGAGCUGCUCGACUUGGCGGAAGAUGACCCACAUCGUCGCUCGAAAAAGAGAGCGCAAGGCUCUGGGCCAAAAACCAAAGCUUAGUGAGUGUAGUCGGGACUCGGAGGAGGAGAGAGAGGUUCAGUGACCUCUUCUGGGCUAUGAUGAGACGAAAAUCUCAGCUGAUCACGAUGUAGCGUCGAGGACUCUGACGAAGAGGACGAGGAAGGCGAAGAAGAGAUGGAGGAUAUGGAUAUGGACCUAGAAAGUGAAGAAGAGGAGGAUGAACCCAGAGCUGCACCUGCUAGUCGAUCUGUCCCUGCACCUCGAGGAGCUGGAGCUUCAUCUUCGUCGCGCGCAGGACAUCGGACAGGUGAUACUUCGGGAGGCAGGAACCCAUAUCCUCUGGAAGGCAAAUACAUUGACGAAGAUGAUAGAGACCAACUCGAAGACAUGCCUGAGAUUGAACGUGAAGAGAUUCUGGCCGCUCGACUGGAAGAAAUGCAAAAGUACAAAGACUCCAUGGCUCUCGACGCCAUGUUCCGGUCAGCCGCUGGCGGAGGAGUAGCGGAUGAUGACGAUGACGACGAGGGACCCAGUCGAAAAAAGCGCAAACACACGAGCGUCACGAAAAAGGCUUCAGAUGCGAUCAAGGAUCUAAAAAGUAAACGUAAAGCUCAAGACGAACGAGCCGCGAGACGGGCCGCUCGACGCGAAGCUCGACCUAGAUCUACUUCACCUACUUCGGAUACGCAUUCCGCGGAAGAUGGCGAGAUUUCCCACUUUGACAGAUCUUACAAUGUCGAUAGUCCUCGAAAACCAGCCAAAAAAGCUGAGAAGCGAAGCGUGGAAGAUACCGAUGCUGAACCAGUCUCGUAUGUGGAGCUCAACUCUGCUAGGUUGAGCAGGUAUGAGAUUGUCGACAUGUGUUUCAAGGAUGGUUUUGAGGAUGUCGCAAAGAGUUCAUUUGUCCGAAUCAUGGCCAAUGAGCCGGAUGCAGAUGGCAGGCCAAAGUACAGGAUACACCGAAUAGUCGACAUCGAUGAGAGUGGGAGUCACGGCCAAUAUACUAUAGAGUAUCAAGGCAGGAAUAUUUCAGACAGUCGAGCAUUGCUUUGUCAGUAUGGCAAAGUCAAACGUCUAUUUAGGAUUGCCGACGUGUCCAAUGGAGACAUUAUCGAGGGUGAAUUCAGGCGCAUGCGAGAUACAUGGGACGUGGAUGGUGUCAAGCUGCCAAAGCGAUCCGAGUUGAAGAAGAAGCAUGAAGCGAUCAAAGAGUUGAGAGAUAGACCAAUGACCAAUGACGAGAUCAAUCGCCAAGUGGAAGCUCGGAAAAAGUCGAAUAUCACUGCACAGCGAAAUGCCAGUGUCACCCGAAUAUCUCAAUUGAUGGCUUCGAAAGACCUUGCCAUCCGUCGAAAUGAUCACGCAGCAGUCGCAGAGUUGGAAUCGCGUAUCCGGGCUGAGGGUGGUGAUCCGACCAAUGGAAAAUUGAUCAGUGAUCCACUAGCUGGAGCUCUCGAUGAUGGAUACGAAGACAAGAUUGCAAAGAUCAAUGAGAUGAAUAGGAAACGGACAAAAGAAGCCAUGGCGGCAGCUCAUCUGGCGGGUAUCGCCAAGAAGAAGGCCGAAGACGCCAUCGUCAAAGCUAGAAUAUCACAAGCUAGUAGUCUUGCACCGGAUCUGGUCACCAAGCCAGUGGCUACUCCGCCAUUGUCUGGUUUGAAGAAGGGCGAGACGCCUCAGAAGUACAUUGCCAGGACGAUCGAUUUGGACCUCGGAGACUUUUGAACUAUUGGCCAACACUCAAAUUUGUAAUCAUGAUAUGAUCACAUGCAAAGAU